UACCAGCACCCUAGGCCCAGAGUCUUGUUCCCUCGGGGUCUCCAGCUUGAAAUUUGGCCAUCAUUAUCCCCGAUUUGCAGCAGCAGGAUGCUUGGAGUUGGAAGCAGGGACAUCGGAAAUAGGUCUAUACUCUGUAGUAGUCUUUAAUCGACUCCGUUUGAUCAAACCCGUGAACAAAAACUGAAACCCUAACCUAUUUCAAUCUUCUUCUUCGUAUCUGCAACAGUUUGUUACGCCCAGAACUACACAAGGAACAAGACACCGGAGUGUAAAGUCAUAUGUAUGAAAGAGAAUUUGAGAGAACAAUAAAAUGCUGCAAGGUGGACGUAUCAGACUUAAAGGGUGGCAGCAAGCGGCUGUUGCUGUAGGUUCAGCAUUUGGUGCACUAAUGGACCCAAGUCGGGCAGAUUUGAUAGCAGCUUUAGGGGAGACAACUGGAAAACCAGCAUUUGAAAGAGUUUUAGAGAGGAUGAAGAACAACCCAGAAGGCAGAGCUAUGUUGUUGGAGCGUCCACGUGUAAUAUCUGCUAACGUGGGGCAUGCAUGGGACCUACCAGAGAACACAAUUGGUGCAGCUUAUGCUAGAUUUAUGGGAUCAAGAAACUUCUCUCCUGAUGACCGUCCACCAGUGCGUUUCAUGGAGACAGGGGAACUUGCAUAUAUAGCAAUGCGAGCCCGCGAGGUGCAUGAUUUCUGGCAUACCCUAUUUGAUCUUCCAACCAACUUAAUCGGUGAGUCUGCGCUCAAGGUCAUUGAAUUUGAGCAGAUGUAUCUACCGAUGUGCCUGUUGUCAGUUGUUGGUGGCACGGCUAGAUUUAAUGAAAAGCAAAGGGCUCUGUUUUUUAAACACUACUUGCCGUGGGCAACACGAGCUGGCAUGCAGUGUACAGAUCUCAUGUGUAUCUAUUAUGAACAGCAUUUCCAUGAGGAUUUAGCCGUUGUUCGUAAGAGAUGGGGAAUAAUUCCUGCUCCUGCCCCUCCAGAAUAGAAGCCAGUCUGAUCCAGUGCGAGCCCUUUUCAGAAUUCUGCUGACAGACUAGGAAUUGAGUUGAUGUAUGCAGAAUAGAUAGAUGGUGUUGUUACUUCUUUGUUAACUGAUGCUACAUUGUAAAAAAAAUUUGCUCAAGCAUAGAGGAUUUGUUGGCUUCUCGUUUCUUCUUAUUA